UUCCUAGUAUUGAUAGGAUAAUAACUUGUAUAUAAAUCAAGGCUGUGUAAUUGUGAAGGUCACAUUAGAGCAAAGCGGAAGCAGAUCGACUAUGGAUUGGUGCACUCACUGUCGCAAACCCUGCAGGGAAGAAUGCAUCAACGGCUUCAUUGCGUGUCCUACAUGUGGAAAGAUUCUUGGCGAAGUCGGUGUCCAAAGAAGUUGUAAAAUUAUGAAAGCCAGAAUGAAAAGAGUGGUGAUGAAGAAGAAGAAGAAGAAGAAGGCUGGUGCAAGUGCAGGGACAACAGGACCUGAUUUUCCCUGCGGUUCUUCCGGUGCGGUGAUCCAUGAAAGCGAAUGUUUAGGUGAUAACAGGGACCAGCUCAUUCAACUUUCAAUGGAAAUUGUCGUGGCUCUGCCCGCUACUGUCGAAGGUGAUGGGCAGCCAACGUAAUGCGCUCUAUAAUUGGGGUUAAUUAGGGCUUAAACUAAGAGGGAUUAAAAAGUAUAAUACCAAAUAUGAAUGGUAGAUAUUCCCAAUAUUGUAAUUGUUGAACGGGAUAUACAUAUUAAUUGUU